AUGGUUGUUUUCUACCCCAACUCCGCCAUUCAUGCUAAAACGCUUGACCUUAAGAACUCAUUAUCUCAAACAUUAACACAAUACUACUCUUUUGCCGGUAGGCACGCCAAAAUUGCAUCGGCAUAUGUAGAUUGCAACGACGAGGGAGCUGAGUUUCUUGAAGCAUCUGUUAACGGUACGCUUUCAAAUUUCCUCCAAAACUCGUUGCAUGAAGAUCUUGAUCAAUUCUUUCCAUAUAGCGACCGAGUGAUCCCAUUCGCUGUUCAAGUCAGCCAUUUUGAAUGUGGAGGAAUGGCGGUGGCAAUGUCGUUAUCCCACAAGGUAGCAGACGGAACCAGUUUGACCCAAAACAUGGAUUUCCGAUUGAUCCGCGGUUUCCUCCCUUUUGAAAACAUAAACAUGAACUUUGUGGGAUUAUCGAUUGAGUCAUCAAACCAUUCUAUCACAAGGAGUUUCGUGUUCCCCAACUCAAAGAUGAACAAGAUGAAAAACAACAUCAAAUCCACGACCGCGGAGUCUGGACGACCCAUCGCAAACCCUACUCGUGUCGAAGUUUUGAAUUGGCUACUUUACAAGUGUUCAGUGGCAGCAGCUACCAAGAAUAGUUCAGGCUCUUUCAAACCAACCGGUGUUUGCCAUCAGAUGAACAUAAGAAACAAGAUGAUCGAGCCGCUUUCUAAAAAUACAAUAGGAAAUUAUUACUUCAGCAUGGAGAUUCUAACGAAGAACGAACGUGAAAUUAAUGAAACUCAAGAAGCAAAAGAUGCAAAUCCACAGUCUAAGAAAAUGGUUUCGAACACGAGUGGGGCAAGUGUUUUAGAAGAGAAGCAAAGAACAAUUGAUGAGACAGAGACUUGUAUGUUUACGAGCAUUUGUGGGUAUCCGGCAUAUGGAAUAGAUUUUGGGUGGUGA